AUGACGACCAAAGCAAUUGUGUCUCACGACACUCUCCAGAAUGGAGGCUGGAAGAUGGAAGAGGUCAGUCUGAGGGAGCUCGAGGAAGGCGAGCUUCUGGUUGAGAUGGUCGCUACGGGUGUCUGCCAUACAGAUGCUCUGAUUGGAGGUAUUCCCGGUGGAGCGGCCCCAAUUGCUUUCUAUCCAAGAGUCUUGGGACACGAGGGCUCUGGCUACGUCCGCAAAGCCGGCAAAGGCGUCACAGUAGCCCAAGAAGGCGACCCAGUCCUCCUCUCCUUCGCCUUCUGCCAAAAAUGCGAAAUCUGCAAAGCAGGCCACUACUCCAACUGCAAUGAAUUCAACGAGCGCAAUUUCGGCCCCUUCCCGGCCUUCCACCUCGCCUCCAGAUCCGGUGAACCAGAAGUGCACGGCUGUUUCUUCGGACAAUCCUCUUUCGCCGGCAUGUCCAUCGUAAAAGAAUGCUCUGUCGUGAACGUCAAAGACAUAGUCAAAACCAAGCAGGAACUCCAACUAUACUCUCCUCUGGGCUGCGGGAUUCAGACCGGCAGCGGUACAGUCAUCAACGUCUCCGGCGCUGGCCCCAAAGACGCCAUCUGCAUCAUGGGUCUUGGUGGAGUCGGACUUUCCGCCGUCAUGGGCGCCAAGAUCCAAGGCUGCAGAACAAUCAUCGGUAUCGACAAAGUCGAAUCCCGACUGAAACUCGCCAAAGAGCUCGGUUGCACGCACGUCAUCGAUGGCAGUAAACUCGCCGAAGGCAAAACUCUAGGAGACACGGUCAAAGAAAUCGCUGACGGAGUCGGCCCUACCAUCACCAUCGACACGACCGGUGCCCCAGUCCUGAUGGACGCUGGUAUGAAAUUCACACGCAACCAUGGCAAGUACAUUCAAGUCGGCAGCCCACCUUUCGAUUACACUCUCAACAGCGUGAGCGGGUUCGAAUUCAUGGUCGCAGGAAAGCAAUGGAUUGGUGCGAUUGAAGGCGGUGCUUAUCCACCGGAAUACGUGCCCAAGAUGAUUCAAUGGCAUCGCGAGGGAAAGUUUCCCGUCGAUAAACUUAUGAAGUUGAUGCCGGCCGAGGAUUUUCAGAAGGCUUUGCAUGAAAUGCAUACGGGUGAGACGAUUAAGCCGAUUUUGACUUGGUCGUGA